UUGUAGCAUUUUCUUUCACAGCUUAAAUGCAAUAUAGUUGUUCCCCACGCAAUAUGGCUAAACGCUUCAAGCUGAAAUUCACUAUCCCUUCAUUUCAAAUGUGUCGCUCAAAAAACCUUUCCUCCUUCCCAGGAAAUCCUGUUCCUGCUAUUUACCGUCUUUCUCCUGUGAAAACCAAAGCACGUGAUGUUUUAUAUCCAAAACUCCCUGCUCCGCCACCGUCAACACCUGAAGACCACUGCAAAGUUAAAUCCAGAGGCCGAAAAAGCACGUCGAGCGUUCAAUCAAGGAGAAGUGACUUUCUAAUUGAUAACUUGAACGAAGAAGAAAGUGAAACUUUGAUUUCUUGCAUGACAAGUUUCUCAGAUGAGUUUUGUCACGAUGAGAUGGUCCAUUAUCCCCACAAACCGGAGAAAGAGUUAGUUAGCAGGCACAGAAGGAAGAUAAGCAGCGUAAAAACGGUUCAGAGAACGAGAUUUCAUCACACUUUGGAGAAUCGAAAAGGACAAGAAAUGGCGCAGGUGAAGAAAAGGACGGUGAUGUCCACGCGCAGCAUAAUGGAGGGGAAGGUGAAAGAGUGCUUUGCUGUGGUGAAAAAAUCCAAGGAACCGUAUGAAGAUUUCAAAAAAUCGAUGCUGGAGAUGAUAACGGAGAUGGAGAUGUCUGAGGCUGAGGAUUUGGAACACCUUUUGCAGUGUUUCCUGUCUUUGAACUCACGGAGUUAUCACGCUGUAAUUGUGCGAGCUUUCAUGGAGAUCUGGCAACAAAUGUUCAUUUGGAACCCUUCAUCGAUCAAAAAUCUUCAAACAGACGUUAAAACUGGUCUAGAAGCUGCGUAGUUUAUGUUUGUAUUGGACUGGUUUUUCUGUGACUUUGCACAUCUUGGAAGUUUGAUUUGUUUUCCUUUUGAUAUCAUAUAUGUGAGACCCACACUUGUAUGUGUAUUAGUACUUACA